AAUAAUUUUCGGUUCUGAUCAAGAGGUUGCUGGAGUAAUGAGAGCAAUUCGCAGGAACAAUGCAACAGGAACUUUCUCUUGGAUAGGCAGUGAUGGAUGGAGUGCAAGGGCUCUGGUAUUCGAAGGUAACGAAGAUCAAGUGGAAGGUACUCUUUCUGUACAGCCAAGAGCACAUCCUGUGAAAGGCUUUGACGAAUAUUUUCUUAGUAGAACGGUCUAUAAUAAUCGAAGAAAUCCUUGGUUUAUAGAAUAUUGGGAACAUUAUUUUAACUGUCGAUGGCCAAAUAGCACUGAUACCCCAUUUAAUGGAAAUUAUACUCGUUUCUGUACAGGAAAAGAGCAAAUGAAUUUUGAAAAUGGUUACGAACCAGAAGGUCAACUUCAAUUUGUUAGUGAUGCUGUAUUAACUUUUGCUUAUGCAUUGAAAAGAAUGCAUCAAGAAUUAUGUCAGGGGAAAUCUGGAUUAUGUCAAAGAAUGAAGCCUGUUAAUGGAACAAUUUUAUUAGAAUAUUUAAAGACAGUAUCUUUUACAGGUAUGAGUGGAGACGAGUUUCGCUUCUCUCCAUCUGGAGAUGGUCCUGCACGUUAUAACAUAAUUCAUUUCAAACAAAUAUCUCCUGGAAAUUACAAAUGGAUUCAAGUAGGGGAAUACAAAGAUGGCGAACUCGAGUUGAAUCUCUCUGAAAUCAGAUUUAGAAUGGAUAAUCCGAAUGUACCUAUUUCAGUCUGCAGUUUACCCUGCAGUAAAGGUCAAGCUAAGAAGUUUUUGGAAGGAGAAAGUUGUUGCUGGCAUUGCUUUAACUGUUCUCGUUAUCAAUUCUUAAAAACUGAGACACUUUGUGCAGAUUGCCCUCCAGGAUUUUUACCGGAUGCAGAACAAGCGUCAUGCUUGCAGAUACCGGAAUCUCAUAUGACACCUGGAUGUUCAUGGGCUUUGGGUGCUAUGACAUUCUCUACUUUAGGAAUUAUACUAACAGGAUUUUUCACUACGGUAUUUCUGAAACAUAAUGACACUCCAAUCGUUAGAGCUUCUGGAAGAGAACUCAGUUACGUCUUACUCUGUGGCAUUUUCAUGUGCUACAUUAUGACCUUUAUUUUGGUACAGAAACCAUCAGAUAUUAUAUGCGGUGUUCAGAAAACAGGCAUCGGCUUGUGCUUUGCAAUCGUAUACAGUGCCAUAUUAACUAAAACUAAUCGCAUUUCACGUAUUUUUAAUGCUGGAAAGAAAACUGUCAGCAAACCAGCAUUCAUAUCUCCUCAAUCUCAGUUGAUCAUUUGUGGGGCUUUGGUUAGUGUUCAAAUAUCAAUCACAUCAGUUUGGUUAGUAUUUACACCACCCCGUGCCAUUCAUUCAUAUCCUUCACGAGAAGAAAAUCUUCUAGUUUGCGCUGCAUCCAUGAAUGCGACAUACAUGGUAGCUUUUGCUUAUCCAAUAUUUCUGAUUAUUAUCUGCACUAUUUACGCUAUUUUAACACGAAAAAUACCAGAAGCAUUCAACGAAUCGAAAUAUAUAGGACUUACCAUGUACACAACAUGCAUUAUAUGGCUGGCAUUCGUUCCUAUAUAUUUUACAACUUCUUCAAAUGUAGAAGUUAACAUUACUUCGAUGUGUUUGACGAUAAGUUUAAGUGCAACAGUAACAUUAGUGUGUCUCUUCACUCCGAAAGUCUAUAUCAUAAUCUGGCAUCCAGAAAGGAAUGUUCGUAUGAGCAUGAUGAAACAAAAGCGAAAAUGCAUGAAUUCGAUAAUAGGUGCUGAAGUUUCUUCUCAAGUUGACGAUGUUAAGCAGGAGAAAUCAUUGCAGUCAUACGAUAUGUGCGUUAAGGUGAAGAAAACCGAUUGUGGAACUCAGACGUUUACAACAUUGCUCAACAGCGAAAACGAUAUUAACAAAUGCCAAAACGAAAUAAAUCUCUAAAAUAUAUCUCUAAUAUUAUCAUAAAGUCAAAAUUAUCAUACGUAUUUAUUAUAUUUUAUUCAAAUCUUUGGAGGGUCGCUUGAUGGUGAUACAUAUUGUUGUGUAAAUUAUUGAAAAUAUUUAUAUAGAUAACAUAAUAAAUUUAUUUUAUAUUACUUAUUACAUAUAUACAGUUAAGUAAUAUUUUUAUAA